UUUACUACCGGUAGUUGUGGUGACGUGAACGAGAUGAAUACUUUGCGCGGGAAAGUGCUCGUACGGAAUCAUACCAGAUGCGCAUGCGAGUACGAAUACUAGUAGUACGAGUACGAGUAUCGCGAUCAAUACGAGUACGUACUGUGUCAACGAGAACACGAUCGAAGUACGGUACGAACUAUGAGUACUGCAUCGUCAUCCUUUGUUCAUACCAUUGCGUUGUUCUGCACCCUGCUACCGGUUCCCAGCUGUGGAAUCCUCGAUGGCACAGAGAACACCGACAGUACAGGAACGACGGCCAAUUCAAGGGACACCGCGGCCAUGACGCCGAAAACGAACAGAGCCGAGAACUCUUUCGUUGCGAUAUCGAACGGAGAAUAUGCCAUCGACCAGCUCGAACGGUGUGGGAAAUGGCUUGCCUCCAUUCCCAGAGACGACAUCACGGUGUUGCGCCACACCAUCGAAUUCCAGGAAUUCCUGGCAUCGUUUGAGCGCCUGGGACAAGCCCACAUACGGGUGGUUGUCAACAACCAAUCGCCCAACGCGGUGGGCACGACGCAGAUUUCGCCGGCGGGGCCGCGUGCCUUCGGUGCCCACCACCCUGCGGAGGCCAACAAGAAACCUUCGGGCCUUGGCAACGCGCCCAUCGACGCCCCGCACAACCAGCACGCGGAAGAGGGCAACGGCUCGGCGAAACCCAAUCGAAAACGCAGCGCGGCGCACGCCACGGCGGUGGAUGCGGGGAAUCCGCGGCGUAGCAACGAAAGCAACGACGACGACGACGUUUCGAUGAAGGAUCCACCGGACGGAGCAGCGACGCGCGGGGGAGCCGGGGGCCUUCACGGGAACGCCACCCCCACGAGCGGGAACAACUUUCUUCGGUUCACGGACGACGUCCUUUUGCGGAUCUUUGAGUUCCUGCGGUGCCGCUGCCUGAUCCAGGCGUCGCGGACCUGUUCCCGCUUCCACCAGCUGGCCGGGAGGAGCGCCUUUCAGCGCUCCUCGGACGUCCUCCAGACCCGGCAGCUCGGGAGCGUCAUGCAGCUCCUCCGGGCCCGGGAACAGAUCCACUAUACCGACGAGGACGCCGCCGCUUCCGGAACCGGCCGGACCUUUCACGUCCCGGUGCCGUUGCUCCUGCCCAGCAGGCGCGUUCGCGUCGCGAACGCCGGGGAUCCCGAGUAUAACGGGGUGUACUACUGCACGGAGUGCAGCUGCAACGGCUUUGUCUUUACCAAGCCGCGUGGGUCGGCGAUGGUUCGGGCCGAGAACGGCGAGGCCAACAAUGGCAACAUGGUAGUUCCACAGCAAUACAGGGAUCUCGCAUUCCACAACAACAACAACAACAACAAUAUCAACAACAAUUUCAUCAUCAACAACAACAUCGAUAGGAACAUGAACAUGAACAUGAACGUCGACGAUUGGUUUCAACCCCAGCGCCAGCACCAGCACGACCCACACCAACAAAUAGCUACCAUGCCCGACGAUAGAAGUGAUUCGGACUGCAUCGAAGAAACACCACUCCGAUGCAUCAUCAGCAAGGCAUAUUCUGGAAAUGUAAGUAUCGGCGUGGAAUGUGUCGUAGCGUGACGAAUGGACCUCGAAACACCGGAGCUGCAUUCAAAUGUGGAAUAGUUGUACCAUCAAACCAAAAAAAAAGCCCGUGAUAUUCACGACUUUUUGUCUGUUUCUAUUUCGUCCCUCCGACAUUCUUUCUCGCAGGAUCUUUUGUGGUACAUGAGCAAGGAAGUAGAGGUAACAGAUGGUGGCUCGAGGAGGAGGAAAACUUUUUCGUUUUACGCUCCGUUACUACUGGAUGCUCCCCCCGACCUUCCUGUAUACCCCAGUCAAACUUCCAUGCUCGUUCGACAGCACCAGAGGUGGCGGGGGUUAGCGGGUUCGACGACCAUUCAGCCACCUACGGUAGAGGUGAUCGAUGCAGACGAUUUGGAUCUCUAACAAAAGACUAGUUUCGAAGCAGAAAAAUUAAAAAAAAUCGAUCAUCGUUGUCGUACAAUGUUCCUGUUUUGAUUUAUUUCUAUUUCGUCAUCUUUUCCUUGUUGAUGAGGUGAGUCGUCGUUUCCACCAUGUGCAAUAGUUUGUCAAUGUCCGAAGCCCACUCCGACAACACCGAUUCCGGGCUUUUCGGUUCCGAGAAACGAACGAUAUCCUUGGGACGAUCGAUUUUUGCAUAAACGGAUCCAUCACUCACCAUGGAAGAGAUUUCCUUUUCCAGUCGUACCGGAUCGAGCCCCAACAACUGGGACAACCGAGCACCAUGUAUGCGUCUGUAAUACAAGGAUACCACCCGGAUGUUGUGCUGGAUGAUGCGUCGGUGGAAAGAUUCGUGCCAAAACUGGGCCAAAUCUUGACCGCCUUCCUUCAGAGCUGGAAUGCCUUCAACCUCGGCUUGAUUGGCCAUAGGAUAAUUUAUAAUCUCUUUCUUCAAGAACAGUUUGAUGAUCGUAUGGAAAGAGGGCAACUUCUCAAGAUUGGAAUCUUCACAAACACGGUUCAUCAUGUCCUGUUGUUCAUUUGAGUGAGGGCUAAGCGCCAGAUACACAACUGUCGUUUGUAGGGCUUCCUUCCAUUUGGUGUCGUCCUUCAAGAUAAGAGGUGUUGAAUAUAUCGAAUGAUAGUCCUUUGCAAGUGAAAAGGCGUCUUUUUCGUGGCGGUGUAACUUCGCCAUUAAUGUGAAGAAUUUCACCUUAUAUUCUUCCAUGUUGUCCUCUUGCAAAUGUUUGCGUGAUACUUUCCCUGCGACAAUGGCAGAACGAACAUAAUCCUCCUUCGCCAGGGUAAGGCGCAUCUGUUCUAGGAUGUAUUCCACCUUUUCUCGUUUCGACAAAGAUCCGUAGGUUUCGACAUGAACUUCCUGCAGAACGUCGGCCGCAGUGGAAGUAUCUCCCUCUUGUUCCUAUAGUUAUCACGAAGUAACGGUUAGUCAAUUUAGUGUGACAAACAGAGAGGAAAAACCAAUAAAGUCACGUAAUCCGAGAAACGGUAGUCUGUUCGAUGCAAGCAAAAACGCCAUCCUUGCAACCCGAGGCUCUCACACUCGAGUACGUAGUCAAAGAUCAAAUCAUAGACAAUGGAACCGGCAUUUCCUACUCACCAGAAUCAUGGCCAUGCAUCGUGUCAACCGCGCACGUUCGCCUUCCAAAAAUAUUUUGCCGUCCGAAAUUUCCCGCAGGGCUUCCACCAAUUUGUCGCGUGACUUCUUUUCCAGAUCGCUAGUCACCGGUAGUGGUGUGAACUGGCCCUCAACACAGUAUGGGAUGCUCGUGUGAACCAAUGCCUUGAUGGCGGCCUGUUUUUGGGAUCGCCGGGUCGCGAGGGUUUGCAGGGUCGUCAGCAACAGCUCGUCGUCUCCGGCGUCUUUGCAGUAUUCGAGGGAGGCCUUGCACACUCGGAUCAAGUUUGCCGUGUCGUUUCCAGUUCUGCAUCGCUUUUCAACGGCUGCCAACAUGGCUAGCGCAUCUUUCAGCUGCCCCCCCUUGGCCAAUUGAGCGCUUUGUUCGAGUUUGACAUCGGUCUCGGGUGUCAAAUCAAUCUUUUCCUCGAGUUCCCCACCCGAGGCUCGUCCAGAUGACCCUACAUUCGACAUGAUUGCGCGUGAUUGAGUCUGAUGAUUAAAAUUGUAACACAAUC